CCCGGGGGCAGCACAGUCUGUCAAACCUCACAGGGAUCACUUUGACUGGGGCAGGCCAUUCAUCUCUGCGAAGCUGUGUGUUUGUUUUCUUCCUUCUCGACGCAUCAAAGCAGAGGCGUGAUCAGACACACACCGACAGAUGAACUCGACCAUUCUGCACUGAGUGUGAAAACAGACCCGCCUUGGCUGAAAAUAACGUGGCAGAAACAGGAAACCUGAACGCAUCAUCUCCUGCAGGCUCACCGAUGCAUCAUUUGACACUUGAACAGGUUCCCCAAAUCCACCUCAGCGCCGCAACAACUCAAAGUCUGUCGCUUCGCCUGAACUCUGAGGAUUCGUGAGGAAAACACUGAGACAGAUGACCUCUUUUUACGACGACAAAGACUUGGCGGAAGAUCUCAGUGGAGUUAACUGUCCUGAUGAGGAUUUGGAGUUUGAGUACUUGUUUGAAUAUGAACCACCUUGCAGCGGCUUUGCUGCGGGAGAUCAAGAUGACCCCAACCUCACAUCUCACAAAAUCUUCAGCCCAGAGUCUGAGCAGGCCUUCCCUCUGCAGGACACCUCGCCUUACGGCAUCAAGUCCUGCAGCCCCUCCUACAGCAACCACAACAACACAGAGGUUCUCUCGGGAUAUGAGAACCAGGAGGCCAGACACUACCUGGACGGUACCCGGCCUGCAGGCCUGGCACUGAGCCCGCGCAUCGAGAUCACCCCAUCCCGCGAGCACUACAACUAUGUCCUGGACUCCCUGCAGAACCAGAACCUGAACAUCAGCCCCAGACCCACCCUCACCGUGCCUGGCCAUGACAGCCUUGCCUACCGUGAGCCUCAGUGCCUGAGUCCAGCCAGCAGCAACUCCUCCACCAGCUGGCACUCUGAGAGUUAUUCCCCCUGGGCAUCCCCCUGUGUCUCCCCCAGCAGUGGCCAGAACCCCGCAGACCUGUGCCCCAUAUUACGGAACAUCCACACUGGCUCCCCCCGCACCUCCCCGGGAACCUCACCCCGCACCAGCCUAGCCGAGGACGGCUGCCUGGGAACCCGCUCGCCCUCCUCCAGACCCGGCUCCCGCUCCACCUCCCCGCAGGGCAAACGCACCUACGACAUGUACAGGAACCCGGGCCUGGUCCUCGGGCACCGCUCCCGCAGUCCCUCCCCCCACAGCGUCCAUGAAGAUCACAAUAUAGGCGCCCACUAUACACACAGCAGCCUGGCCGAGGCCAUGAAUGGUUUUGGCACCGGCCAGCCAGGCCUCAUGCCCACUAAAAUAGUCAAGACAUCCAACCAGGUUUACACUCUAUACCCAGAGAACCACGCAGAAGGGAACUACCUGGUCUCAUGUGACCAGGACCUAAAAAACAAACCUGCUACAGAGCCUUUCUUUGUUAUCCCCCCAAUCUGGUCCAAGCCGCUGGUUCCCAGCAUCUGCAGCAUCCCUGCUGCUUCCCUCCCGCCGCUGGAAUGGCCGAUGCCCAGACGCACAGACCAGUAUGAACUCCACAUCGAGGUGCAGCCCAAACCCCACCACAGAGCUCACUAUGAGACGGAGGGAAGCAGGGGUGCAGUCAAAGCCCCCACAGGAGGACACCCUGUUGUGCAGUUACAUGGCUACAGAGGCAAGGAGCCACUUGGCCUGCAGAUCUUCAUUGGAACAGCAGAUGAGCGCAUCCUCAAGCCACACGCCUUUUACCAAGUGCACCGCAUCACUGGGAAGACGGUCACCACCACCAGCUAUGAGAAAGUUAUCCACGGCACCAAAGUCCUUGAGAUCCCACUGGAGCCAAAAAACAACAUGAAAGCAAUAAUCGACUGUGCAGGGAUCCUGAAGCUCAGGAAUGCCGACAUCGAGCUGAGGAAGGGCGAGACGGACGUCGGUCGGAAAAAUACCCGUGUUCGUCUUGUGUUUCGCGUGCACAUACCUCAACCCGGAGGACAGCACGUCUCUCUCCAAGUGGCCUCGCAUCCCAUCGAGUGCUCCCAGCGCUCGGCUCAUGAGCUUCCCAUGGUUGAGAAGCAGGACCUGGACAGCUGCUCCGUGCUCGGAGGCCAGCAGAUGAUCCUGACCGGGCAGAACUUCAGCUCCGAUUCCAAGGUCAUCUUUUUGGAAAAAACCCAGGACGGACAGCAAAUCUGGGAAAUGGAAGCAACGGUGGACAAAGACAAGAGCCAACCUAGUAUGCUGUUCGUGGAGGUGCCAUCCUAUCAGGACUCGUCUGUCUGCCAUCCUGUGAAAGUCAACUUCUACGUCAUCAACGGCAAAAGGAAGCGCAGCCAGCCUCAGCACUUCGCUUACACACCACUGGCAUCUCCAUCCAUCAAGACAGAGCCCCUCGAUGAGUAUGAAGCAGACCACAUGGGUUUUGCCAUGCCUCAGAUCCUGGGUUUAUCCCCGCAUUCCUACUACCACAACCCACGCAACGCGCUCCAUCCGGACAACGGCCUGGUCUCCAGCAUGGCCUCCUGCCAGCGCCUCAGCUCCAGCCUCCCCAACCAGGACGCUCGUUUCCAGCAGCAGAGCCCGGCCAUCGUGUUUUCCCGCGGGGGGAAGAGUCUGAGCGGCAGUCCCGGCCUCUACCAGCAGACGGGAGGGAUGAUGCCUGACCCCCACCGCUCGGUGCUGGUCCACACGGGCUCCCCUGUGGGUCCCAUCAGUGUCGGCCAGCCCUCCAUCAUCCAGUUCUCCCCCACCAACCACCAAGUGCUUCGGGGAGGAGACCCCGAACCCCAGGAGAUCAUCUACUGCGACGGCUACUCUCCACAAGCAGCAGCCGCACAGUCACCCACUCCCCCCCAGGUGACCCAACCUCAGCAUUACUCCACCGUGAUCCAGCAGCAGCCCUUGGUGCAGAAAGGGCAGCAGAAGGGCCGCGAUCCGCCCGGCACGGGGCAGAUAGAGGCUCCAGGGGACGGGCAGCGGAGGGUGACGGUCAAAGAGGAGAACCUGGACCAGGCCUACCUAGAUGAUGAAUUAAUGUCAGGCCACAUCCAGCAGCAGGCAGGAGGUUGGACGUCUUCCUCACUUUGGAGUUAAAGUGAAUGAGAUCAUAAGAAAGGAUCUGACGGGCGUUCAGGCCAGAGGGCAGACAUAGAAGCAGGAAAUGACAACACCCCCCUCCUCCUCGACACACACAGACAGAUGCACACACACGUUCUUCAACCUUCCAGUGAGGUGACGCACAUCCACAAACAAUCAGACCUUCUCUUCCUCGUUUUCUGUACCCAUAGAGAUACAAAUAUCAGCUCCCGGCAGCUGUGUUUGCUUUGGAUUUUUUUAUUUUCCUGCAAUAAACAGUUUAAUUUGGCAAGAAUUUAUUUGGACUCACAACGUCUGCCACCCAGCAGGUUUCCAAAAAACGGAUGAACAACAACGGGCGAAUUUGCCUCAUAUUUUAUUUUAUUUUACGGGGAAUAAAGAGAUAAAAUGAGGGGAAUUAAAUGUCUCCCCAGAAUGCCUUAGCCAUUCUGUCCGGGCAAUAAACACCUGAUUGCCUCCUACAUGUUUGCCUAAUACUAGUGAAUGACUCUUAUGUAGCAGCUGGUUUACAUUUGUAGUGAACAAGUUGGUAAACGGCUUUAAUCCAUACCAAAAACGAUAUAUCAAAUAUGACUUUUGCUAAAAAUCCUUUUCAUUCUUCUUGCACAGAGUGUGUGUUCCGUCUGUGUGUAACUCCAUAUGCAGUUUUACAUGAAAACCUUGUCCAAAGCUUACAUGCUGAUCAUCUCAUUUUAAGUGCAGUUUUCUAAUGGAAGUGAAGCGCACACUGCCUUAACCAUAAACAAAUGAAAUAUUGUGACACCUCCUAGUAUGCACUGUUUUUUAAAAACAGGGGGUCAAUGUUAUAACUUUUUUAUAUAAUAUUUGUGAAUAAUGUGCCAGUUUAUAUGCGUAAAAUAUAUAUUGCAUUAUAUUCAGGUUAUAAUGCCAAAGUGGCUUCACAGGGGCCUGCCAUGCUACAGCAAUAGCAUGUAGCUUAACUUUUUUUAAAUGGUUUGUUUGCUUACGUUCAUUAUUUUUCAGUCUUGCGUAGACAACGAUUUUUAAAUCUGACUAAUGCAAGCUAAAGUGAGAAACUUUAUUUUUGUCUAUAUUGUUUUUAUGGAUCAUCAGUUGAAAUCAAAAUAUCCCAAAGCUUAUGCUGAGUGUAUUGUUUUCUGUAUAGUUGACAUUUUGAGUAUCCUUAACAUCUAAAGCUACGUGCCUGCUUAUGCAGAAACUUGCCAAUGUAAAGAGCAUUCGUAUUUUCUGUAAUGGUCAUUAUACUUUAUACACACUGUCAGCACAGUAGGGAGACGGUGUGUAUAAAUCACGUGCUGAUACAGCUCGGUUUGUUAAAAAAAGAGUGUAUUUUAAUAGAUUAUUUUUCUAACAUUUCACUGAGUGAAUUGGAGUACAUUGAAAUUGCCAAGUGCUAUUUUCUAUUGUAAAAAAAUGUUGAAAAUGAAUGAAAACAUAUGGAAAUGUAAUCUUAAAGAAGAGAAUAAAUUGUAAGACUGAAUCUAUUUUUUUUUAAUGGAACUAUUGGAAAGAAAAAUUAAACAAGAAUUGAUUUUGUAAUAUUAUUAAAGCUAAUAUUGAUUUAUAAAUGAUAUUUCUUAUUGAGCCAGUGCAUUUGACAUUUCUUGAAUGUAAUCUUUAUCAAAUAAUUUUUCCCCUUUUCUGUAAAUAUUACAAAUUGAGUAAAUAGAAAUAAACUGUUGUCUGUCAAGUAUUUUACAUGUUGUUGUGUUAAUAAUAAACACAAUGUUAUAGUUAUCAUCAUUCUUUUUUAUUUGUUUUAUCACGAUGCAAAACCUAAAACUUUCAUAGUUUUUAUUUUUGUUUAGUCAUUUGUUAUAAUUUUAUAGUCUUUAGAGAAAUCAUUGUUAAUGAAAUCCUUUUUUUUUAAUACUGUUUUAUUUUGUGUGUUCAUAGUUAUCAUGUAUUGGUUUCAUUUUGAGUCUGUACUGGACUUCGUGCCUUCUUAAAAAAUCUGUUUUUUGCUAUUUUUGUACCCGUAAAAAGUAGCAAUAAAUAACAACCGUAUACAUCACGA